AUGGACACUCGUCGAACCUCAAGGGUAAUCGACCCCAAAGUCCGCAAAGUCGGCUUCUUCACCCCCGGUCCAACUCCGGACCGGACUCAAUCCGGCCCACUCGGAUCCUCUCCUCCUGCCGUGUCCGGCAUGUCUCCGUCGAACAAUUCUCUCUCUCCGGUAUGGAUCCCACCGCCACGUCACGCUUCCGAUAACAUGUCGCGUGCCAUGGGCGUACCGGUGCCUACGACGUCGUCUCAGUUGAGACGGGGACCUUCGAUUGAUAAGGAGCAGGUGAUUGAGAGUUAUAAUGCUUCCGAGUCGCUCCUCGGGACCUCUCCAGUGCUCUCGCCGCCUUUAAAUCCGAUUGUUGGCGACGGUGAGUUCUCGGAGGACUCGGUGAAUUGGAUUCGGAGGAGCAAUUCGGGUAAGUUUGCUUCUUCUUUACCAGGUGGUGGAUUUGAUUUAAUAGUGGCGGCGAAAUCGGGUGAUUUGAAGAAGGUUCACCGAGUGUCUAGUAAUGGUAUAUUCUCGCCUCUUUAUUUGUUCAAAGCAGUUGAACAGUCUAGAAAAUAA